CUGAGUCGGCGAGAGUCGAGGGCGACUGGCCAAUCUCGUGGUGCCACGUGGCGGACAACGUGCUGAUUGGGUCGCCGCUGGCGACGGCUGACGACGCCAAGGCUGUGAUGGCGGCUGCUGACGUCACCGCUGUCGUGGCCCUUAUGACGGAGCAGCAGGAGCGGGAGCUGGGCGUUGAUUGGCCGGCAGUCGCGGCAGCAGUGACAGAGACGGGAGGGGCGGCCGUGCGGGUGGAAUCAGUGGAAACGCUAGGGGAGAGUGCUGCUGUCGCGGCAGCCGCAGCAGAAGCUGGAGAGAAGGGAGACUCUUCCACCAAUGCCCAGGUGCCUGUGCUGCUCGAGGCUGUGCGCGUGGUGGCGUCGCUGGCAGCAUCGGGGCAUCGGGUACUCGUCGUCAGCUGCCAACCCAACGCUGCUAGCGCAUUGACUGCUCUGGGUUACCUGUCCCUGGUGAAGGGCGAGACGGCGGAGGCUGCAGCAGCGGCGCUGAAACGUGUGUGCCCAUCUGCUAGGCCCGCUCUAGACGCCCUUGAAUCAACCCACACGCAUCUGGCAGCGGGCAACAGCCAGCGACUCACAAAGCUGGCUGCGGCUGAGCUGCAGCAGCGCAUUGCCAAGGGCGUCAGAGGGACCUCUGCUAGUGACUGGAAGGCGGCAGAGAGGAAGCUCGCAAUAGAGGGCUUCCAGCGCAUGGUGGCUGCUGACGUGGCGCUCUCUGAUGCGCUCUCCAAGGCUGCCAUCAGGAGAGCAACGAGGGAGGCGGAGAAGCAAAUUGAGGGUGGAGCGGCAUCCCCCCAGGAAAAGGUUAACAUUCUGAUGGCGCAGAUUCAGCAACUAGAGACCAGGCAGAAAGCAGCAGCAGAAGCCGAAACAGCAGCGACGGACCGAAUCUCCUUCUUUCUUAACCAGCUGACGACCCUCCGAACCAAGCACGCCGAGGCUGAAAAGACCGCCAAGGCAGCCUCGGCCCGAGCCUCGCGGCUCGCCACGCAGCUCUCGGCCGCGGCUAACCGCGAGGCGUGGUCCCAAGCCUCCGCCGAAGCUGCCCAGGGGAGGAUCGGGGAGCUCGAAGCUGAAGUGGCAGGCCUGCGGGAGAGGGAGUCAGAAUUGAUCGAGGCUCGGCGGAAAGCCGAAGCUGAAGCGGAGGAGGCUAAGAAAAAAGCAGAAGCUCUGAAGGCAGAAGUGGUUACAGUGGGGGAGAAGCAAGAGGAGGCUGUUGCGGCUAUGGCUGAGGCGAAAGAGAGGAUUGGGUUCCUGUCGGGGGUUGUGAAGGAGUUGGAGCAGAAGGAGAAGGCGGCGAGGAGUGAGGUGGCUUCGGCCGUUCAGAUGACUCAAGUGGUGGAAAAGAGGAGGAUUGGGUUUUUAUCGGGAGUGGUGAAGGAGUUGGAGCAGAAGGAGAAGGCGGCGAGGAGUGAAGUGGCUUCCGCUGUGCAGAUGACUCAAGUGGUGGAGAAGCGGGAGCAAGCAGCGCUGGUGAAGGUGAAGGACUUGACCACCCGGGUGGCAGCGCUAGAGACGGAGGUGGCAGCAGCACACGAGGCAGCGCGCAUUGCCAAUGGGAAGUGCGAGUUCUUCGCUCGCGUGAUGGAGACGCUGAGGGAGAGGGAGCAGGCCGCGUUGGCCCAGGCGCGGCAGGCGAACACACUGCUGGCAGGUGUCAAAGCUGAGCUGUCUGCUGCCAAGGAACGGGAGGCGAGUCUGAGGGCAUCCUGGAAGGAGGCUGUAGCUCGAGCGGAGAAGGUUGUGGCGGAGCUGGGCGCGGCGAAGCGCAUGCAAGGGGAGGCGGUGAGGGAGAGAGAGGCGGCUGAGGUGGCGCUGGCUGCUGCUGAUAGUCCAAUGAUGGCCAAGGCGGCGCUGCAGGCAGCAAUUAACAAUGAGGCCUACCUCACGGCCCUCGUCAGCACGCUCACCGCGCGCCUCUCCGACGCUACAGCCGAGCGCGCUACAGCCGGGGAGCGCAUGCGCUUCCUGGAGCAACAGCUGGCGGAGGGCAAGGAGAGGGAGAUGGAGGCGAGGGAGAGAGUGCGGGCGGCUGAGAGGGAGAAGGAGGGGCUCGUGGUGCAGGUGGAGAGGGUGAGGAAGAGCGAGGAGGAGGCAAAGAGGGAGGUUGGGGUGCUCAUGCAGAAGCUCGACAGCGUUGCCGCUCAGUCCAAGGCAGCGGAGCAGGUAGAAGGAGCAAUCGUGAUUAUGCGAGCACAAGUGGAUGUCCUACAAGCCGAACUAGCAACAGCAAAGCAGACAGCCGAUGCGGCCAGCGAGCGCUCCUCCUUCCUGCUGCGCCAGAUGGAAAUGAUCAAAUCCCGCCAGCAGCAGAAGCUCGAAUCUGCUGUCGCAGAGGCCGUUUCGGCUGAGAAGAAAAAGUCCGGUGCUGCUGUUGCGCCUAACGCCGAAGCUAUAAUGGAGGCAGCUGUUGAGAAGCUGCAGAAGCAGCUCGCGGAGGCUCGGGCCGAAGCUGAGGCAGCUUCGGUGAACGUGUCGAAGCUGGAGGGGAGGGUCGGGGAGUUGCAGGCGAAGGAGAAGGAGGCGAAGGUGCUGCUGGGCCGGGCAGAUGAAAAGAUCUCGGACCUGUUUGUGCAGCUGUCGGCUGCCCGGGAAAAAGAGAAGGUGGAGGCGAAGGCGCUGAUGAAGGCUCGGGUGGAGCUUGGGGAACUUUCCGGGAAGGUUACGAAGCUGGAGGUGGAGUUAAAGGAGAAAGAGGCUAUGGUGGGAGGCGUGGGGAUGGGCGUUGGUGCUGCUGCUACUAAGAUGGUGGUUGACUUGUCUAAGGGCGCCAAGGAGCUUCACAGCAGGCUUCAGGACUCGGUCGCCCGCCUGGGGCAGAGCGUGACUGCUAAAUCCUCUGCGUCAUCUGUUCCUGAUAAGGAGGAGCAGGAGAUCAUCGCAACAGCGGCCAACCUCCGGGAGGCAGUUGAUGCGCUCAACACCCCGGCAACCAAUGGCAGCGCCACCAACCCCUCUCCCUUGCUCUUUCCCUUCCCCAUUAACUUGCAGGACGAGCAGGAAAUCAUCGCAGCAGCAGCCAACCUGAGGGAAGCAGUGGAAGCACUCAACACUCCGGCACCCAAUCGGAGUGAACCAACCCCUCUCCCUUGUUUUUUCUUGUCCCCGAUAAAUAUGCAGGAGGAGCAGGAGAUCAUUGCAGCAGCGGCCAACCUCCGGGAAGCGGUUGAUGCGCUCAACACCCCGGCUACCAACGGCAGUGCCACCAACCCCUCCUCGCUCCGCUCGUUCGACGAUGCUGUUCAGUUUGACUCCAAAUCUCCUGAAUCCGUGCCCGUACCUGCCAAAUACCGCAACUCCAACUGA